GUAAAAGAUGAGAUGAAAGCUAUUUCUAAAAACCAUGAUGACGUAAUAAAGGCGAUUCAUCAAUUCAGAAAAGAAAUAAAUAAACGUCUAGAUGAAAUGGAAAAACAUGUGGUCAAAGAAGCUGACAACAUACUUCUUAAACAACAAACGAAACUUAAUGAUUUAUCAACAGGUGUACAAGAAAUCACAGAUAAACUGACUGAAAAACGAAAACGCAUUGAUAACCUGAUACAAAGAAAAUGCCUUGAUAAGCUGUUUGUUGAAAUGAAAGAAACAAAGAAACGAGUUGAAGAAAUGAGGAUGAAGCAAAAACAAUAUAGUCGAGUAGAUGUUUUCCAGACUGUAUCAUUUGUCAAAAACAGUGAUAUUUUCGAUAUGUUAGAUAGACAUAAGCAACUUGGAGAACUUAUUACAAAGAAAACAUCCAUGGUUGAAAAUGUUCCAGUGAUGAAACCUACAUCAACACCGUCUGAGGAUAAGACGCUAAAUCUUGAGGUUUUUGAAGAUAUAGAUAUGAAUUCUUCAUCGGGAAAUACAGAAUGUUACAUAACCGGGAUAGAAGUCCUCAAGCCCGACAAGAUAGUUAUGUGUGAUAACAGCGGCAAUAAAAAUGUUAAAUGCUAUGAUACAGUACAGAAGAAAGUUGUAUCAGAGAUAAAAUUAACUGAGUCACCGUUUGAUGUUGCAGCUAUAACGGAUGAUAAGUUCGUCGUUACUGUAACUGAUGAGAGAAGUAUUCAUUUCAUGUCGCUAAGAAAUCAACGCAUAGUUUUUGAUCGUAAGAUGAAUAUCAACGAGAACUGUUUUGGUAUUGCUUACAGCCAAGAUAAGCUUGUUGUGUCAUGUAAUUUUGAUCCAGGAAAAGUUCUAGUUCUUGACCUACAAGGUAAAAUAUUGCAAGAGUUUAGUGGAGAUAAGAGUCUGUUCUGCUUUCCCCUGUAUGUCACGGUGAAUACAGCUGGAACGUCUAUAUAUGUUAGUGACUAUAGUUAUACUGUGAAUGCUGUAAAACAACUAGACUGGCAGGGAAACGUUAUAAAUACCUAUCAACCAGCACAGGGAGGAAGCUAUCUACGAGGUAUUUGUGAAUUAGAUGAUGGUACAUUUCUUGUUUGUUUGCUUCAAGAUAGUGACGAUAAUUUGCCAAGAGUAUCAGACAGCUGUAAGCCGUGUAAGAUAACGAUAAACCAGAAACUUGGUAGUUGGUACCCGGAAGCAGUGGCAUACUGUAAGAAAUCUAGAAAACUUUAUGUGUCUUAUUGUGAAACAGGGCGUUAUGAUCCAAAACAUCGGAUAAAAAUCUUUAAGGUUGAUUGGUGUUAAGUUAUAUCAUGAUGAACAUUAUACAUUCAGUUUGAACUUAGACAUGUUUCGAUGUAACAGUUGAAAACAAAAACAUUAUAGAGUUAUUGUUCAAAAUGAUGUUUAUAUGAUAAUGUCUUUUGAAAUCCAAAUUGUGGGCUCGAAAAUAUUCUGUCAAUAUUUUUAGUCAAUUAUGUACUUUUAUUUUGGGAAUGAUUUCAAUACAUACUAAGUCUUUAAUUUAAAUGUUAAAGACGGUGUGUAAAUAAUGUUUAUCAGUCGAUUAGAAAUUUUACUUAUGAAGAAUUCCUGACCCAAUUCUCUUUAGUGAUUGAUUUAAAUUCCAAAAGAGUUAUAUUUAGAAGUUGAAUAUAAUAAAUUGUUUCCCAUUUCAUUUUCUAACCUUCGUUUUUACUUUACUGUAUAAAUUCCCUUAUGUUGACAUACGUUAACUUAAACGUAUAUUAUUCACAAAAAUAUAUUCCGUCAGUAAUAAAAAGUCUUCUUAAUAUCCAAGGGUAUAUAGUGACUGAACCAGUGAAAGUCAAUAUAAGUUCAUGUUUUGUCAUAACUCCUUUCAAUUAUAUUAUUUUCUUUUCAUGAACGAUACAUAACUUCACGUUCAAUUUACAAAAAGAGUGGACCAUUACCCUGUUCACCAUAUCAACUCGCACGUACACAUAUUUUGUAUAAAGAUAUAAAAAACUAAUCAAUGGUUAAACAAAUUUAUCAUUUCAUUAAUAUGUACAACUGUUACAUAUGUGAUUAAGCUU